GCAAACAUGACUAAAAUGUUGUCUGCCCAAGAGGCCGCCAAGAUCUAUCAUACAAACUAUGUGAGAAACGCGAGGGCCGUUGGUGUGCUGUGGACAAUCUUCACUAUCUGCUUUGCCAUCAUUUGUGUGGUGGUGUUCAUUCAGCCCUACUGGAUUGGAGACAGUGUCGAUACACCUCAGUCGGGUUACUUUGGGCUUUUUCACUAUUGUAUUGGGAAUCCCAUCACAGGAGAGCUGGUGUGUAAAGGCAGUGCCCUGGACUUUGGAUCCAUUCCUUCUGGUGCCUUUAAAACCGCCAUGUUCUUCGUUGGGAUUUCUUUGCUACUAAUCGUGGGAACUAUUGUUUGCUUUAGUUUAUUCUUCUUCUGCAAUUCAGGCAGCGUGUAUAAGAUCUGUGCGUGGAUGCAGCUGGCAGCUGCAACUUGCAUGGUCAUAGGAUGCAUGAUCUAUCCAGACGGGUGGGACUCAGAAGAGGUGAAGCGGAUGUGUGGUCAGCGGACAGACAAGUACACACUGGGUAACUGCACAGUACGCUGGGCAUACAUCCUGGCCAUUAUCAGCAUUAUGGACUCCCUCACUCUCUCCUUCCUGGCAUUCGUGCUGGGCAACCGGCAAGACAAACUGCUGCCAGAGGACUUCCAGGCGGAGGAGAAGAAAGAGGAAGCAUGAAGGCCCCUGAACUACACAAUGGACCCUAUGGGGAUACAGGCCACUUUCAGGCCACCGACUCUGAAAUAUGCAGGACAAUAAGUAUUUUAAUUCACCACAGCGUUUGUAAAAGUAAUUGCCACCUAAGAGAUAACUCAAGUAACUUCACUAUUUCUAAGCACUAUUUCUAAUAUAUGUAAAGUGUAUCAAUCUGAUUAUUUUAUACUUUGUGAAACCGAGGCCAAAUGAAGGUAAUUUGUUAGGAGCAACUUAUGUGUUAACCAAGGGCGUAGCCAGGAAAUUACUUUUGGGUGGGCCUCAAUAAAAAUGGA